CGCUCGGCCUCUCUUUGUUAACUAUGGUCAAGUUCAUCAAGCCCGGCAAGGUGGUCAUUGUCCUUAACGGUCGCUAUGCAGGCCGAAAGGCCAUGAUCGUCAAGAACUACGACGACGGCGAUGAAACCCGCAAGUACGGCCACGCGCUCCUUGCUGGCGUCGACCGCUACCCCCUCAAGAUCACCCGCGGCAUGGGCCAGAAGCGUAUUGAGAAGCGAUCGCGCAUUAAGCCUUUCGUCAAGCUCGUCAACUACGUCCACCUCAUGCCCACCCGCUACGGUCUUGACAUUGACUUCAAGGGCGUCCUCAACCGUGAGCACCUCAAGGACCCCCAGUCCCGGCGCAAGGCCCGCGUCGCCGUCAAGAAGACCUUCCAGGAGCGUUACAACGCCGGCAAGAACAAGUGGUUCUUCCAGAAGCUCCGCUUCUAAAUGAUGUGCCCGAAAACCUUGGCGCUCGAGCCUUUUUUGUGUUUUGUUGCCCAUUCAAGACUUGAGUGUUGAGGCUUGUUUUGCUAUUGUCGAGAGCGGUGCUUUUUCUCUUGAUGUCGUCCCCAUUGCUCCGAUUGUCAUUAAACACGACGAUUGAUUUUGACGA